CCUUGAGGCACUAACCGAACGCUGCUUUACAAGCUGUAAAAAAAAAUUAACCUAGAAUGCGAUUUGCAGUAGCAUUGUGUGUGCUGGCGCUCUUUGUGGCCACCCUUGCCCUGGACAAUGGUCUGAUGAGGACCCCUCCUAUGGGCUGGUUGGCAUGGGAACGCUUCCGCUGUGACAUCGACUGUCAGAACGACCCCAAGAACUGCAUCAGUGAGGUUCUGUUCCGGGACAUGGCAGAUAGGCUGGCUGAGGACGGCUGGAGGGAGCUGGGAUAUGUCUACGUCAACAUAGACGAUUGCUGGGCCUCCAAGGACAGAGACAGUAAUGGACGCCUGCAGGCUGACCCUAAGCGGUUCCCAAGUGGGAUCCCCAACCUGGCGAGCUACAUCCAUGAUCGGGGGCUGAAGCUGGGUAUCUACGGGGACAUGGGCACACUCACAUGUGGAGGGUACCCUGGGACCCCCCUGGACAAGAUCACUAUAGACGCUCAGACUUUCGCUGACUGGAAAGUGGACAUGCUGAAGUUUGACGGCUGCUACUCCAACGCUACGGAGCAGGAGCAGGGCUACCCUGCCAUGUCAAAGGCUCUGAACGCUACCGGACGUCCCAUUGGCUACUCUUGCAGUUGGCCAGCCUACCAGGGUGGACUCCCACCCAAGGUGAACUACACCCAACUGGGAGAGAUCUGUAACCUGUGGCGUAACUAUGGUGACAUAGAGGACUCGUGGAAUAGUGUGCUGAGCAUUGCUGAUUGGUUCUUCAACAACCAAGACGUCCUGCAGCCUGCAGCUGGACCCGGCCGUUGGAAUGAUCCUGACAUGGUCUGUCUUUGUCAAACUCUCCAUUUCACUGUAGAGGAAAUGUUGCUAUUCAAUGAACUAACCAAUCAGAGUGAGGAGAUGACCGAGUAUGUUUUAGCUUCUGGCUGAACUGACUGUGUGUGUAUUCUAGCUGGUGGUCGGGGACUUCGGGUUGAGCAUGGAUCAGUCUCGGUCUCAGAUGGCUCUGUGGGCCAUCAUGGCUGCUCCUCUCUUCAUGUCCAACGACCUGAGGACCAUUAGCAGCGGGGCACGCACCAUCCUGCAGAACAAGGUGGCCAUCGGCAUCAACCAGGACCCCAUGGGCGUCCAGGGUAGACGCCUGAUCAAGGAGAAGAGCGGUAUUGAGGUGUUCUGGCGCCCUCUGUCUGAUAAGGCCAGUGCUCUAGUGUUCUUCAGUCGUCGUACUGACAUGCCUUACCGCUACCAGGCCUCCCUGGGACAACUCAACUACACCACUGGCAGCUACAAGAUCUAUGAUGUGUUUGCGGAGCGGGAAAUGGCCACACUGAAGGACUCCACACACUUUGUUGUGUCCAUCAACCCCUCAGGUGUGGUCAUGUGGUAUAUCUCAGCCCCUGCAGACCAGGACCAGGAGAACGCCCACAUCGGGGGAAAGCUCAGGGGACCCGCCUUCCAUGGCCACGCCAACGGUAUCUCACCCAUCGUACUGUAACCUUCCCCCAUUGUCUUUGAUGUCUCCUUAAGAUGAUACUUGCUUUCUCUCAGCUCUACUUUUUCACUAAUCCAACAUUAUAAUAUAAGCCAUUUAGCAGACAUUUUAAUCCAAAGCGAUUUAGUCAUGCGUGCAUACAUUUUACUUAUGGGUAGUCCCGGGAACAUUCUCAUUAAUGAAUACCUCAAGGAAGGGAGCAAAGUAUUUAUUUCCAUAAUGGACAGAGCAAAUGCUAUUUUAAUGUUGUCCCACAAAGAUGACAGUUGUCUCCCUGAGAUGACGUCACUCAAUACUCAGGAAUGUUCUGAUUAUACAAUUGACAGUAACCAUGAUGAUGCUGGUCACUGCCACUGCACUGUAGUUUCUUAUGUUUACAAGUUUUAAUUUAAAAGGUACUCUUAUUUUCAUUGCACAAAUGUUUUAUGUUCUGGAUUUAAGGGCUCUGGUGCGCAAUGUUUUCAGGGAAUAACAGGAAAUGAUUAGAUAAUUAUCAGAUAUCUUAUUUUAAAUGAUUGAUGCUGUGAAUGAUUUUUAUAUUUUCUUAUGUUUUCAAAAACCAAUAAACACUUUUUCCAGUG